CGCCCGAGACGGCCGCAAACGCCAAGCCCCAAAACCACGCGGCGGCGGAGCAAUGCGGCGGGGGACGCGGCUCUACAGCCUCCUGGGCGCCCUCCUCCUCCUGGCCCUCGCGUACUUCAACUGGCUCCCGGCGGGCCGCGGCCCCUUCGGCGGCGGCGGCGGCCCCGGCGGGUUCAAGCUCCCCGUGCCGUGGCUGCAGCCGCGGAUGUCCUUCGUGGGCCGCGCCGGCACCCACUUCGCCGACGCCGGCACCGGCGCGCCGCUCUACGUCAACGGCUGGAACUCCUACUGGCUCCUCUCGGCGCGCUCGCCCGCGCUGGCCGCCGAGAUGCUGCGCCGCGGCCGGCGCAUGGGGCUCACGGUCUGCCGCACGUGGGCGUUCAGCGACGGCGGGCCCGGCGCGCUCCAGAUCUCCCCCGGCCGGUUCAGCGAGCCCGUCUUCCAGCUGCUGGAUUAUGUGAUAUAUGAGGCCCGAAGAAGUCAUGUUAGAUUGAUUCUAUGCCUUGUCAACAACCUUGAUAACUUUGGAGGGAAGGCUCAGUAUGUUCAGUGGGCACAAGCAGCUGGUGCUAAUGUGACGAAUUCUACAGAUUCCUUUCUCUCUCACCCAACUAUUAGAGGUUACUAUAAGGAGUAUGUAAAGGUGGUAGUAACCAGAAGAAAUUCUUACAGUGGAAUUAAAUACUGUGAUGAGCCUGCUAUAUUUGCUUGGGAACUCAUGAAUGAGCCUAGGUGUGUGUCCAAUUCAUCUGGUCCUCAUAUUCAGGCUUGGAUAGAAGAAAUGGCAGCAUAUGUUAAGAGUUUGGAUACAAAGCAUCUUGUCACAGUUGGUAUUGAAGGAUUUUAUGGCCCUGGGAGAUCUGAGAGGCUGCGUGUCAAUCCUGGAGACUGGGCAGCUUCACUUUGCUCAGACUUCAUACAGAACUCAGCUGUCAAAGAUAUUGAUUUUGCCUCGGUUCAUGCUUAUCCAGAUAGCUGGCUACCGAAAGCAAGCAUGGAAGAAAAAGUCAAGUACCUUUCUAAUUGGGUUGAUUCGCACUUGAAUGACAGUGAACACAUCUUGAGAAAGCCUGUCCUGUUUUCAGAAGUAGGCUACCUCCAGCCUCCAGAAGUGAACAGCACAGUCAAUGGAGACACUGUUCUAAAACUUGUUUAUGAUAAAAUAUACAAUUCAGCAAAAAAGCUGCAGGCAGGUGGUGGUGCUCUUAUUUGGCAAUUGAUGGUUGAAGGGAGUCAGAUGUACAAUGAUGGCUUCUCCAUGGUGGCACGUGAUCGUCCCUCAACAUAUAAGUUGAUAAAGGAGCAGUCAUGCCGACUGCAAAGAUUAUAUGGAAAAGAGGAUGACCCUGGUUGGAAAUGUUCAUUAGUGCGCUAGGGAUUUAUCUACUAUCAAUAUUGAAGCACCCCACUCUAUCAAACACAAACUGGAUUCUUGAGUCAAUCUUAAGAGGGCAUUGCUGAGGCAAACGUGAACAGAGAUCUUUAUAGUGAACAUCUUGUUUCUUAUAGCUAAGAGCUAGACUGCUAGUGAAGAAUCCACUUUUGACUGCAAACAUGUUGAUAUUUUCCAGUGGCUGAAGUUUUGAUCUGUGGUGGCCCAGUCAUUCUUGAUUUUUCCAGCAUACGGUUGGUGUUGAUCAGCUAUGGCCAAAAGAGGUAUAUACAUUUUACUUUUUCUUUAGGUGUUUAUGUACUUUUGGUAGCAAACUUAUAUCAUACAGGUAGUGGAAUUAGUUUGUGAACUUGUACUCAUACUAGUAAAUAUAUUCUAGCAAAAACUUGUAGUCAAAGUUAGGUUUUAGAAAUCGUAUCAAUGUUACAAGCAACCUUAUUUGUGGCUCAACUUAUAAUGCUGCUAUUGUACGAACUAUAUUGUUUGUAGAGGGUUGAAAUGAAAAGCUAACCUGAAGCCUAGAGUUCCUGGCAUAGUUUCUCCAUCGCCUCCUUUCAUGUGGAAGACAUGCUCUACUUCAGUAGACUCGGUGGCUUCAUGCUCAUGCCUUCCAUGAGAGGAUUUCAAAAAAAUAAGAUUUGAUUUUGGACGUUUCUUGUGGCCGAGGAAUGGAAAUCCAGGGCGAGAAUUGUCACCAAGGAUUUGAUAUGCCUUAAUCGUGGUCCCCGCCUUAAGGCCCAUGCAUGACUUGAGGAAUUACACGGAGGGCAGAGUAAUUGAGCUAGUAGCAACAAAAGAACCCAUCUAUCUGGGAACAAGCCAA